UCUUGACUUUGUAUAUAUAGAGGCCACCUGCGGCUUUCACGUUGCCCCCUCACUCUCUAGCUUUUUCGUCUCUCUUUUUGGCAUCGUUGGAAGCCAGCUGGUCACUGCUUCACCUACCCUCGACGGUCACGGUCUGCAAGCGUUCAUCAAUCCAGGCCUCUGCCUCGUUUUCACUAAAAGCUACUAUAAAUUCUUAUCAUUCUCCCCUGGUCGUUUAUCAAAAUCGACCAGUCUAACAGUCUUUACAUUUACUCAGUGGCAUUCAAUGUCUUCAUCUGCUUCUGCAAACGCGACAGCGGCAACCAGCGCCACUGCCAGUAGUGGUGCUGCUCAAGCUCCUGCUGCCGCAGGUGCCCAGGUCGACGAAGAGAAUCUCACAUACCACAUCGAGAUCUUUGUACUCGCCCUCAUCGCUCUUUUGUUUGUUUGUCGCGUCCCCCGCAUCCUUGCUCGAUUUUCUCGCUUGUCAGAGUGGACCCAAGGCCACUUCCUUCGCAAUAUCUCCUUUGUGACCCGUUCCCCUCGCAUCGUUCAUCUUACUCAUGAUGAGGCCUCAAGGGAGACUGCGGGGUCGUCCACAGAAUCGCAUACCCUUUACACGCAUGCCUCCAGCGCCAAGCGUAUUGAUGAAAAGGGAAGGCCAGCUGUCAUGAACUACCCUCCGCACGUCGGCUCAUGCCCUGCCAUCUUCCGCGGCCUUGCCUCCGAGCUGAGCACGCGCAUCUUACCUGGCUACUCCGUAUCCCAAGUCAUUUGUGGUCUAGUCUACCUCUCCGUGUUCAUUUACCCCACUCUAUACCAGUCAAACCCCUUCUCGGAUCCCGUGCGAACAGGUUGGGUGGGCAUUGCGCAGCUACCGUUUAUCUUUGCUUUUGCGUCCAAGAACAAUGUCCUGGGGCCAUUUUUAGGGAUGGGUUACGAGAAACUCAAUUUCAUGCACAGAAUUGCGGGUAGGAUCAUGGUCAUUGCGAUCAAUGUCCACGGCAUUGGUUACAUUUACAAAUGGGUCAUCGCAGAGAAUUUCCAAGAAGCUAUCGCGGAGCCUGACAACUAUUGGGGGCUCAUUGGGCUCAUCUGCUGCGAUAUUCUGUACUUCUUCUCGACUGACUUUUGGCGGAAGAAGGCGUACAAUGUCUUCUUCGGGACACAUGUUGGCGGGUUCGCCUUACUGCUCAUUGCUUCCUGGAUGCACAAAGACGCCGAUAAGCCCUACGUCUGGGCCGCCAUAGGGCUAUACUCGUUUGACUUCCUACUCCGUUGUAUCAAAACGCGCAUCCAGACUGCCAUAGUACGUCCGAUCCCUGAGCUUGGCCUUACGCGACUCGAGAUCCCCGGUAUCAACGCCGGCUGGCGUGCAGGUCAACAUGUCAGGCUGCGCGUAAUGUCCGCGGGUAUGGGUCUCUUGGGAUGGGCAGAAGUGCAUCCCUUCACGAUCGCGAGUGCAAGCAACGGUCCCGAGGGAAUGAUCUUGAUGGUCAAGAAAGUUGGCGGAUGGACGAACAGCCUCUAUGAUAUCGCAAAAGUGGGCGGAUAUGUCGAGUCCGGUCGCGGAAGGAACUUGAAGGUGAUGGUCGAAGGGCCUUAUGGUGGUCCGGGACACACUAUUCCAGCGAGCUUUUCGGCCUCCGUGUUCGUCGUUGGUGGUAGCGGUAUCACUUAUGCCCUCGCGGGAAUGCAGGAACUUAUUCAAAAAGAUCUCGAUGGCGAGAGUCGCGUCAAAGUUAUCGAGCUGAUUUGGGUCGUUCAGGAUCCGGCGUCGCUUGUUCCGCUAGUCCCUGCAUUCACUUCUAUGAUACAACAGAGUGUUUUCACCCCUGUCAGGAUAUCGGUCUUCUACACACGCGCAGUCAUCGGCAAGUUCCCCUUCCGCAAGGACUUCUUUUUCCCUGGCUUGUCUUUGAGUCCUGGCAGGCCAAAGCUUGCUACCAUGUUUGAGGGGGCGAUUUCAAAGACUGUUCAGCUUGGUGCCGGCGUGAAAGACGAGCAGGGACAUUCAGGGAUGCUUGUGUCUGUUUGUGGCCCGACUGCGCUGGCAGACGAUGUGGCCAAGGAAGUUGGAAAGAUCGACCCUCUGAGGAGAGAUCAAGUUGGUGGUGUAGAAAUCCAUGAGGACGUCUUCGGUUGGUAGACGUCAGAUAUUCAUUCAUUUUUAUUCGUCGAGGGAGAGCACUGUUAUUUCUUCUCUUCACGUAGGAUUAUCUUGACGAUGACCACAAUGUUGUGCGAGACACGCAUUGCGAUGUGAUGUUGAUGAAUCGUUCUUUACUUAUAUGUACUUAUAGUGCUAUCUCCGAAGUCAUGGAUUUUGUUAGUUGCAAGUUGUAUCGGUAUUAUGACUCAAGUAGACCUGGUAGUCAAGGAAUAGAUUUCUUUCUGAUGUUCCAAAGUCUGCGGAAGCUGGGUUAAUCAGUAUCGAAAAGGCAGUAGAG